AAGAGUCGGCACAACGAAGCCUUAGAUUCGUCAUUGCAAGAGCUUUAGCUGGAUGUUGUCAGUCAUUUUAAAAACUGUAUGAAAACAAGUGAAUGUGUUAUGCAAAGAUAAAAUGACAACUAGCAUGGAGGUUACCAGCCAUUACCUUCCAACGGAAUGGGAAGAGCGAUGGAAGAGAGAAAAAGAGAGAAGGAGAAGAGUGAUUGAAGAAGGCGGGGAAGGCAUAGAACAAGACAACCGUGAGCUGAGGAGGAUCAUUGCUUACAAUGACACCAGGAUGGGCCUGAACAGUGGGAGGACUGCAAGUGGGGGAUCAGAUGUCAGAAUGAGUGGUACUACUCAGGGGGUCAUUGAGGGGCACAUGGGUGAUGAAACAUCUGGGGAUGAAGAGCGAAAUGUUUAUACGUGUCGCAGUAAAACCUUUGCGAGAGAAGUUUUUGCAGCUCUGAGAGACUUCCAGGAUGCAUCUCUUCUCACAGACCUGACUCUCACCACUGAGGAUGGAAACACCAUCCAAGUGCACUCCCUUAUCCUGGCUGCUGUCAGCACCUUCAUUCUGGAGAGACUGAGAGAAAAAAGCAGGGCCCAAUCAAGCAAUAAUCGAGAGGUAGGAGGCCACAAGUGGUCUUUACAUCUGGGUUCUGAGGUUGAUCAAGCUGGGCUUCAGGCAAUUAUUCAGUUUGCUUAUAGUGGAAAUGUGUCAUUAAGCAAAAACAGCAUGACCCAAAUCAAGGCUGCAGCUGAAGUGCUGGAGGUCCCACGACUGGUGAAUCUCUGCAACAUGGAAAAUCAAGUGAAGCAGGAAAAAGGUGCCAAGACGGGGCACCAAAUCAUCUCUGUACAAGAACAGAUGAGGAUUACUCUCCAGUCUGUGCAGCAGCUAUGGGCAGAUAAAAUUGGCUGUGAUGUAAUUUUAGAAGUAGAUGGCACAUAUUUUCAUGUUCACAGAGUUAUCCUGGCCAUAAGCAGUGACUACUUCCGUGGAAUGUUUACCUGUGGAAUGAGGGAGUCCCACCAGUCUUGUAUUGCCCUUCUCUCACUUUCAGCUGCUGAAUUAGAGGCACUAACUUGUUUCUCCUACACUGGGACCCUUCCACUCAGCUGGGACUCUGUUUUUGAGAUAACCUGCACUGCUCUCCAGCUUCAGUUCCAACUAGCUCUUGUGCUUUGCCUCAGCUUCAUGCAAGAACAACUACAGGCAAGUUCCUGCCUGGAUGUGGCGUCUUUUGCUGAAGCAUAUGGAAUGUCCGAACUCCUUGAGGAAGCCAAUGACUUUGUACUGAGGAACUUCUGGGAAGUGUCAGCCACAACAAAGUUUCAGGACCUACCAGCAGACAAACUUCUCUACUUCCUUAGCUGUGAUGGCCUAUGUGUACACUCGGAGUUGGCUGUGUUUCGGGCUGUAAUUUCAUGGAUUGAAGCCAAUCCUGAGGAGAGAGUGGCCCAAGCUGGUUUACUGAUGACUGGAGUUCGCUUUCCCCUCAUGACCUUUCGAGAGUUCAGGGAGGUCAGAGCCAUUAACUUGCGCAUGGAGUGUUUUGCAGACAAGGAAAUGGAACUCUAUGGUUCAGCACUCAAAGAAUUUGGUUUCAGCCUUCCAGAGUCUCAGGAUCGCUGGCGUGUUCGGCAACCCAAAGAUGUUAUGGCUCUGAUCGGAGGAGACCAGCUUAACCAAGAUGGUGGUCAACGAAUACCCAGCAGGGAAAUUUGGUUUUCCAACUCCCUACGAAGUGGCAUAGGGCUGAUAAAGAAUAUAGAGUGGAGAAGACUGGGAGACAUUCCAGAUAAACCAAAGUUCAGGCACGGGGUAGCAGUGAUAGCUGGGAAGCUGUAUGUAGUUGGUGGAUGUUAUUAUUAUGCCAAAGAUAGCAUAAUGAAAUCAGUAUACAGUUAUGACCCUGGGAGAGACAGCUGGAAGAGGCUGGCAGACAUGCAGGAGUCCAGAAGUAACUUCUCAGCAGUGGUACAUGAGGAAUGCCUAUAUGCCAUUGGUGGAGACAAGGAGAUCAACAAUAACACUGACAGCGUUGAGAUGUACAACCAAGUCACUGACACUUGGAGCUUUGUCCAGCCCUUGAACCACCCUCUAAGUGGCUACGCUGUCUCCACAAUGAACGGAGGAAUUUUCAUCUCCGGAGGUUUCAACUGUAAGUAUGUGUGUCUGGUUUCCAUGUUCCUUUACCAUCCAGGAAGAGGAACCAUCUACCUAGCAGACAUGGCCCAUGACCGAGCACUGCACUGCAUGAAAGCCCUACGAGGAUGUCUCUAUGUUGCCGGCGGGGUGUGUAACCUUAGGAACUUUUAUACUGACCAAGUAUCCUGUGAGGUGUACAACCCUGUGGUCGACUCCUGGACUUCUUUUGCAUCACUGCCUGUUCCUCAUGUUGGAGCUGCUUCAGCAGUCCUAGAAGAGAAGAUGUACAUGCUGGGAGGAUACUCCCAGGAAGACUACAGCGAGUCUAGAUUGGUGCACCGCUUUGAUCCCGGCACACAGCGCUGGGAAAACAUGGGCAAGCUUCCAGGUGCUGUUGCUGACAUCCAGGCCUGUGUGUUGCGCCUGCCCCAGCACUUCAGACACUGACUGGUUCAAACACAUUGCUUUAAAUACAGGACUUUAUAUUGAUACAUUUUUAGUGAAGACACAUUUAGUCCUGUAUGACAAAAUGUGGAUAAAGUAAACAGCAAUGAUUAAAACAAGUUUAGUCUUCCUGGCUUUGAGUUAUUCUAUUUUAGAUCCAAAGUGAAUGUAUCAGCAAAAUUACUUAUCACAAAAUACCUUUGAUGAUGUUUCAAAGUAUAAGUUACUGUACAUGUACAAACUGGUAUUAAAUUAAAGUGGCAGUUUUAGAAGAAUAAAAGACAUUGUCAUUGUUUUAAAAAAGAUGUUCUUGACUCUUCCAUAUUUUCAGUUUAAUAUGGGUAUGAAUUAUUUUUUGGUUUGUUUAAUUGAAAAAAUCUAAUUGUAAUGUAUUUCCAAUAUAUUAAGCAUUAUAUUCUUUAGUUAUUUUUGCCUGGUAUUAAAGAAAACUGAACUAAAACUGAACAUUUCCUUUAAUUUAUCUUGUUUUCUCAAAGUACUCUUCAUAUAAGUUCACUUAUCGUUAAAAAUCUGUAAUGCACCACACAAUGGAUAUUGAUUUCAUGCACGAAUAAAGAAAAAGAUGGAAAAAGGUAUAAACAUCAGACAGAACAUGACAUAAUUUCUGUAAAUAUAGGCCACUUAAAAUAAAAAAAGAAAAAUUAAAGAGAAAGGUGAACAUUUUGCAAAGUUUUCCUAAGUUGCCAGUAGACCCCUGAGCCACCAUUGCUAUUUGUUCAGAAACACAGGAGGAAAAAAAGGAGACUAGUUAAAAGUGUAUUUAUUUAGUUUAGUUUAAUCAUUUUGACUGAAGAACCCAAAGUGUCCUUUCUCAUCAGUGAAAAUUAGUGAGAUCUUUGAAUGAUGUACACAGUGUUCACAGUGGGAUUACUACUCAGAACAGAGGAAGUUAAACUCCUGCAUGUCAUUUCUUUUGAACCACUUGUGUUUUCCAGCUCUUUGCAUGGCUCCAGACAUGUCACAGCGGUCCCCCUUCUCACCCGAGUCCACGUUGUGGUACGUGACCACCUCACCACCGACCCAGAACCAGAAAUCCAGAGUGCAGGUGUAGCGCAGCCCCGUCCAGACAAAUUCAGUGGUGGCGUUCUUGACUCUCUCUUGGACCCAUCUCUGGUCAUUGAGGUCGGUGAUGGAGACCAGGUCACGGUGGUUUUCUCUACAGUAGUACAAGGCAUCCUCCCAAGUUAGAUUUUCUUGGACCAGGAUCACUUUAUCUGUUAUCUGAUUCACCAAUGUCCGCUUUAAUGGCAACGGCUGAUGAUAGGGUCGCGGGUUAGGAAGGAAAACAAAAGUAACUGAACUUGUACUCAGUGAAAUUUGUAUCUGUUGUAUGUCAAGAUGUUUAUUUAGCCUUAAAUUUAAAAAAAGAAUUCUCACCAUCAUAACAGAUGAAGGGUUUUUCUUUUGCACAGGUAUCGCCUUCCACUUUCUAUCACUUGUCUUGGUUGUGGCACAUUGAUCCUUUUUUUCUUGUUUCUUGUCUGAAAGAGAACCUGUUCCCAUCUGACCACCUCCAGGUGUCACUGAACAGACCAAUGAACACAGAGUUCAUUUCCUGGCUACUGUUUAGCUGUUGUAUUGGCAGUUGAUAUUUUAGCUGCUGGAUAUGUAACUGUUGUGGUCGAGGGGUCUGUGUGCAUCAACAUAAAUAGUGUGCAUAAAUAACGUGCAUACACACAUAAGUGAAAGAUUUUAUCAUUCCUUCAAGACUUCUAGCUCACAACAUUAAAGUGCUGAGGUUUUUCUAUCUGCUGCCUUAAUUUGUCCAGUUUUACAUAAUUGUUUUGCUUUCAUCCUCCACAUUGUUUUCAGUUGAAAAGGGAAAAGUCUAUAGCAUGUAUGCCAAACAGUUUUCUCCUCACGUUUAAGACUGCAAGUAGAUUUUUCAGUAAGUACAAAUGUGAGAUAUUGUUCAAAUCAAUGUUCUUAUAGAUGAAUAUUUCUGGUGCAGCCAAUUAUUGUUCAGUUGUUUGAUAUUUGAGCGCAUGCUUAGUGCCUGUUAUACUGGCUUUACUAGCGUUAUUGCUAACCAUGAGGAGUUUUCAGACCUAUAUUAAGCUCGUGUUCACCUAAUUUAUGGGAAUGUGUUUGACAACAGUUGUGGCUAUGAAGGUGCAAAGUAGAUUUAUUAAAGUUGAACUGCUAUUAAGAGUUAAUUUAUAGAGUAUUAUAGCUGCAAAUAUUUACUUUUCUAUAAGUAAAUUUACUGUAUGUGAAAUAUGGAUAUGUUGUUCUGUGUUACAUUUUUUUCAGUUUUCAAAAAAUAAAUAAAUAAGUGAAAGGAAAUUAGUCGUAAAAGGUAUACUUUGUCAAGAACACGGGUUUACAGGACAUUUUUGUGGGCUAUCUGUUUAGCAUUGCUUAUAUACGCGAAUGAAA